GGAACUUUAACUCCGUCAUUCUACGUUCAUGUUGGCUCCCUGGAGAGCUCUCCUUGCCACAACCCCUUCACAACUUAAUUUUCUUUUCACCCUUCGUUUAUUUCGUGAUGCCCAAGUCUCGACGGCCACCUACGUCUGGUUAUGCUCGCAUUGCCCAAGCUGAGGAGGAAGAGGAUGAUGAACUGGAUUCAGAGGACGACUACCACCAGAACGCCUUAUCCAGUUCUCAAUAUGCCCCUAUACAACCGAAUCGAAACUCGCGCAUGCACAUGCCUGGCGGCUCAGGCGACUCUUCACCAAACCUAAAGAAAUCGACAUCGCGGCGACAACGCAGCAAUUCGGGCGUGGACAUCAAAGCUAUCAAUGCCCGCUUAGAACGAUGGGCCGAGGAGAUUGCACAAAAGUUCAAGAUUAAGAAACACAAGGAUGCACCGGAAGAGCAUCUGGAGAUACACCACUCGGUCUUCCAGGCACCAGAUUGGGUGCGACCGGCGACAGCGGAAUCGCUCACCUUCGACUAUGACGACUCCUCCGAUCGCAUGACCAAGCUUCAAUUCGAUGAGAUUGUGGAAAGCGUUAGACUAGCCAUAGAGAUGGGCACACAUCCCAAAUUGAUCACACAGGGAAGCUCGGGCAGCUAUUUCGCACGGAACACACAGGGCAAAGUGGUUGGUGUCUUUAAACCUAAAGAUGAAGAACCUUACGCGUCAAGAAAUCCAAAAUGGACGAAGUGGAUACACCGGAACUUGUUUCCCUUCUUCUUUGGCAGAGCCUGCCUCAUUCCCAAUCUGAGUUACGUCUCCGAAGCCGCCGCAUACGUUCUCGAUACUCAACUCCGAACCAACCUCGUUCCUUAUACCGAUAUUGUCGGUCUAUCCUCGAAGUCGUUCCACUACGAUUUCUGGGACCGUCGCGCCUUCUACAGAAAAAAGAAGCCUUUUCCAGAAAAGCCUGGCAGCUUUCAAGUCUUUUUGAAAGGGUUUAAAGAUGCCAAUAUCUUCUUGAAGGAGAAUCCGUGGCCAGACCAGCACAACUCGGGAUUGCGAGCAGAUGGCGCCUCGCGAAAGAAGAAGCGGAGAUGGGCUGAAGAUUGUAGACCGAGUGGACCGCCGUCAGAUUACGAUGACGAUGACGAGGCACGACCGGACAUUGCGAGCGAAGCACAACGCGGCCGAGGUUUUUGGACAGAGGCGCUCCAGCAGUCUUUCAGGGAACAGCUGGAGAAGCUUGUUAUUCUGGAUUACAUCAUGCGAAACACCGACAGAGGAUUGGACAAUUGGAUGAUCAAGAUCGACCAGAAGACACAGGAGGCGACUAUCGUCGCAGAACCACCGAAACUUAAUGGAGACGUUGAAGGGUCGGAUGACAGUGAAACGAGGCCAAGUAGUUAUACCAGGCAAUCGAUGUCGGAAUUGGAUCCCUAUCAACGUCAAGCGCCAAUGAGCGCCGCCAGUCGAUCUACUACACCACUACCCGGUGCACCCGUACCCAAGGUCACGAUCGGAGCUAUCGAUAAUAGUUUAUCGUGGCCAUGGAAACACCCAGAUGCCUGGCGUAGCUAUCCUUUUGGGUGGCUCUUCCUCCCCGUCUCGCUCAUCGGACAGCCCUUCUCUGACGCGACUCGCCGACAUUUCCUCCCUCUCCUGACCUCGAAACAAUGGUGGGCAGACACACAAUUGGCGUUAAGAAAAUGCUUUACUCAAGAUGCAGAUUUCAAAGAGCGGAUGUACACAAAACAGAUUGCUGUUAUGAAAGGACAGGCCUGGAAUGUCGUUGAGACUUUGAAGACAACUGAUCACGGUCCACUGGAACUCACCCGGAGAGCACGAGUGUGCGUCUGGGAUGACCUGGUUGAGAUUCCCAUAGCCGUUCCAUUGCGAGCACCGUCUGCCGAGAUGCGCAGGAAGAAUCAUUACCGCAAUACUGAAGAGCAAGAAGAGAUGGAUAUCACGGCUCUCGCAACACCUCCACAGAAGCCACAGAAAGACUUACUCAUGAAUUCGCCGCCUCUAGAUCAGGCUAACGAGAACCCCUUCAAUCUCUCGCGCCAUUCCAGCUCUAUGGAUGUUCGAGAAUCUGAGGACAAUGCACGAGCGCCGCUGUCCCCGGCCACCGUGCAAGCCGUACCGUGGUCAUCACGGAAUGUUGCCGAGAGCAGCAAUGGACGUCCUACCCACAGAUCACGUAUGAGCUACGAUCUGCCACGGCAUACUAAUAGGCAUCCAAUAGAAUCUAGACGAAGGAGGUUUUCUCUUACUACGCGAAAAGGGCACAGCCAUAUUCUCGGCGACGACGAUGAAGGAGAUCUUGGAUAUGCAGCGAAUGAGGACCUAGAUGGAUCCGGGAAGAAGGUCAUCGUAGAGCGGUUGGAGAUGGUCAAAGGAAGAAACCCGGUCUUCACGUGGUGUUGAAUUACGAAUUUUCCUUCUGGUGCUCACUUUGGGAUUGUAACUGCUACUGUUUCGUGCUUUGGAAUCUUACUGUAUGAACUGUUUGGGUUUGUACGUUUCUGUAUCACAUUAUACGCAUGGCGUGGGCAUGGUCACUUAUUGGAUUCCUUUUGACCGGACCGGAGUCGGAAUAUUGCUGCAUGCAUACAAGGCGUUGCAAUCGAAAAGAAAUUCUCUCGACCAUUGAAAUGUGCAUUUCUCUUAUAGAAAGACUAAGAGGGGUUGGUAGAGGCGUUGGGAGGAAAACUUAAUGCCUCAUGAUGCGCCAAUUUUUGUAGUCGUUUGUUUGUCGAUGUUUGUGAAGUGAUGUAAAGGGCUCAACGUAGAUCGGUGAUUCAGAAUUCGCUAGUCUAGACACAUUGAUGAUGCGAGCACUACAUUGUGUAUAUCUAAGAUUACGG